CAAAGGAAUAAUUAUUGCUCACAGCUGAUUGUCCCUAGAUGUGGUUCAAUUUAUGCAUGUUUGCCAACAUGCCCGUACUGCACCAAUUUAAUUGAUAUUAUCUAAAACAAUCAAUACCGAAUUAAAAUUCGCCGCAGUAAAUAGCACCGCGCAGCACGUGCUCGUUGGCAUCCACGCGCUUGCUAGUGUAGGGGAAAGAGAAUGGGAACAGCAACAAAAAAAAUCAAUACCAAACACCCACGAAAUGUGCCUCGUGACCGUGAGUGUAAGCUUGGUACUGUUUUCCCGCGCUUCCGUACGGUGGGAUUUUCUCCCUCCCAGGAUUGCUGGCGCACUGCUUGCGGUGGUAUAGAAUAUUAUUGUUUCUCCACUCUGCAACAGUUCGCAACCGACCAAGCAAGCGUUGGCAUCAGCGUCGUUGCCGGAGCAGCACGCAUGAACGGUGGCGCAUUGGGCAGUGUGUGGGUAUAUGACGCGUAAACGGCGCGUGUGGUAGAAUUCAAAGAAAUCGAUUAAACAUUCGCUCAUCCGGAGCGACGUUACAUUUUUACAACAUUGUGCGGUAAUUGUGGUGACAGAAAGUGUCCGCUAAAAAGGAAGAAAAAUCGAUCACAUGUAAUUAUGAGCAAAUCACCUGCAAGCGUAGUGUCGUCCGAUGAAACGCACAGUGCCAGUGAUGAGUCGCUGGUCAUUUCGGCCGCCACUUCACACACUUCGCUCAGAUCGGUUGGAGUGACGAAAGCGGUGCGCAAAACAUCCAAAGACGAACCGUCCACGGCCGGUGUUCCGAUGGUCAAAGAAAGACCACCGUGGCGUCCCGCAAGUCUUACCGCCGUAGUGGUGCCUCCGCCACCGAAACCCGACAUCAAAGCGCGGCUGCUUGAAGCUUCCAAGCGUAUGCGUCGCGUCAAUGCAGUGGUGCAGACCGAUCCGGUGCACACGAAGCUGAUGAAGGAGGUGUCCACCGACGAGCAAACCGAUCUGAUACCGAUGGUGGACGAGGAAAUACUGACCGAUGGCAAUCUAGUGAUCCGUGAAGUUGGCAACUGUAAUGAUUCUGACACCGUUGCGCAGAUGACGGACGGGGUGGAAACGUGCGACAGCGGAACCCAGACCGCCAUUCCCCGGAGUGGAAUAUCGUUCCGGAAGUUCCUCGAACCAAUCACCGGCCACGAGCAAAUGAUGAGCCCGGUAGCUAGCGCCUUGAGAACUCCGGAAGAAGAUCAGCUCGAGCUCGAAGGUACAAAGCCAGAGUCCGAACAGCAACACACGAAGCCUAUGUUCUCCUGCACCGAGCUGGAACCAGCGGGCGAGCGCUUUCCGAACGAUCCCACCGAACCGUGCUCGUCGCAAAGUGGCAGCGACAGCAUCAAGGAACCAAACACGCCCGACCUAAUCAGUGCGACCGUUGAAGGUGACCCAUCGCCACACCGGACGGCCGCGACACUGCUCGAAACGCCCACGUUCGCGGCCUGGCAGAAUCUCGACUUCUCCGACGAAGAGUCGGAGGGUUACGUGCCCCGGGAGCUACCCCGCCGACCGAUCGGUGAAGGUGACCGUCCGUGGGCCGACUUUAAGGAUCUGGUCAUCGGAUCGCGGGUAGCAAACAUGCGCCUUUCGCCCGUGCCGCCCCGCAAACCGCGCGCUCCCAAUCAAAAGACGGUGACGUGGAGCGACCGGCAGCACCGCGCCGUCUCGAAGCUGAUUAACGAAGCGUCCGCCCUGGUCGACAUGUUCGAUCACGUGUCGCUGCUGCUCGGGCCGGACAUUACGCUGCACAAGCUGCCGCCUCAGCAGGAGUUUCAGCUACCGCCGGCAAAGUGGGAACCACUGCUGACGAAAUCGUGCGAUCUGCUCGAGGAAAAGCUGGCCCAGGUGAGGCAUCUUUCGGUGAGUGAUUUCGACCGCCCAACACAUGAACCGAAAAUUUCGAUCACAUCUUGCACCAACUCCCCGAUGCUGUCGGAUGUCGGACCGGAGGACAUUUAA